GUGUUUGGCAGUUCUAAAUCAGGAAAAGAAGUUGAGAAGAACUGCUGAGUUGAUCGGCAGUUUGGUUAAAUGGGAACUCAACUGGAUUUUCUCAGUUACCUGAUGAAAUGUCAGUGAAGAUUUUCACAUGUUUGGAUGAUCCGUCUGAUAUUGUACGUGUUAGCUGUGUUUCUCACUCUUGGCGAGAUUUUGUGAUAGCUAAUGGUCUUGCCAAGCAUCUGUGCUUGAGGAUGUUUCCUCAAUUAUCUAGAGUUGAUCGUGUGGUUGAGCCAGCCUCCAUGGCAGAAAGUCUUGUGGCAGUUGGAUCUUGGAUCUAGUAACAUGGAAUGGGAACCUUUGAAGAAAGAGCACAGGGCUUAUGCCUUUUGGGUCGAGGUUUUAUGUGAUUUCCUGAAGAAGAGAAGUGCAUCUCAGAAGCCAUCAUUGCUUCCAGCACUGACCAUCCAUGGGAAAGCAUAGAUAAUACUCUGGAGAAGAUUUUAGAACAAGCUUUGGGAACAACGGUUAACAGAGUUCCAGUAGUGUAUGUUUCCUUGGGGCUCCUCCGCCCCUUUAUGCGUUUGCUAUAGGAAAUCUCCAAAAUAUUUUAAAAAAGAUGAACUUUUGUUCUCAUUUUAGUUUAUGGGAUUUUUGGUGUGGACAAUGGGGUGUAACUGCAUCACUUAAGCUUUUGAUUCUCAGUCCCAAAUUCCUUUCAAGAGAAGUAAUAAAAAGCAAAACUGUCU